AUGACCAUCUUCUUCAAUUUUGCAGAGAAACCCCUAGCUUUUCGAAGCCCCACAAUCCGAAAGUCUUCUGCUUCAACAGAAGCUGUCACCGAACAGCAGCAGCAACGGAAUAAGGAACACACAAAAGUUACUCGGGCACCAAAACGUUCAAAGGUUUCGAAGCCUGAAUCAGAGCCUGAGUUCUUCGAGGAGCAGCGUGAUAUGGAGGACUUAUGGAAACAGGCAUUCCCUGUUGGAACAGAGUGGCACCAGCUUGACUUGCUCUCUGAAUACAAAUGGAAUUUCUCAAAUCUUGAAAAAUAUAUGCAACAAAGUCAUCUAACAAGAGAAGAUACAAUACUUUCAUUUCAUGAUCAACCAAAAGGGAUCUGCAUACCUGUAGUGGUUGCGGUUGUAUCUCCAUUUCCACCUUCUGAUAAGAUUGGAAUUCAAUCUGUGUAUAGAGAGUCUGAAGAAAUUCUUGACAUGAAACAGAUGAAAAUGGAUUGGGUUCCAUAUAUUCCAUUAGGAAAACGGGGUUCUUCAGUUGAAAGACUCAAAUAUCAAAUCUUCAUUCUAAGCUGUGUCCAAAGAAGGUCUAGUUUGAAACAUCUGAAGCUGGAUCGUGUCUUAAAAUUUCAAUACUGCUUACCAUACUUCAAUGAUCCCUUUAAGGAAGAUGAAAAUGAGACAAGAAUCACUAGUGUGGAUAUCAAUUAUCCAAUGGAACCAAAGCCUUCUCCAUACAUUAAUCGGUACUAUGGAAAAACAUAUCAAGUAUAUUGA